GGUACUUGGACCCGAAGAGAGGUCCCAUUGCUGGUUGAGAAAAUGGACUCUGAUACGGAUUCGGAACGGGAGAAGAGCAGCGAUCCCAACGAGGGGCUGCUGAGUAGCGACGACAAGUCGUUCCAUGACAAUGACGACGAGGAGGAGGACUCUUCUCCGGCGGACGAUGAAGAGGAGCCCGAAGAGGAGUCUUUGCUGCCGCAGAAGAAGGCUCAGAUUCGAGCAGACGACCAGCCACCAUUGGUGGUUUUGGUUCAGUCGUCGGCAGAAGCCGUAGAAGUGGUUGAACAAAUCGAUGAUACCAACCGGGCAAUUGCCAUUAAAGUUGGGGAUAUGGAAAACGAACCGGAAGUGGAACCGGCAACCGAUCCCGAUCCCGAACCCCAGAAGUGUCCUUCUUCCCUACGCGAUAGUGUCCGCGAAUCCGUCGAAUGCUUCUAUUCCGCUCAGGAUCUUUUGGAAUACGGACACAUGCUCUCCUCCACUUCAAUGGUUCGAACGCCAGACGUCGAGUCUGGAUAUUUCGAGAAGUCCGAGAGUGAUGCCUCGCGAGAUGAGUGGGAAGGCCCUUCCUCCUCCUCCUCGGGCGCUGCUCGUUGUCGCCUUCUAUCCGGAAUAUCCGGACUUUCCGUCUCCUCAUCAAGUCGGCACAGUUCCGAGGGCUUGCGAAUGGAACUGAGUCGCUUUCGCACCAUGAUUGAGACCCUCGAGCGGGAAAGUCUCGAGAAAUCGCAGUCGGAACUGCAGAUUAAGGCGAAAAGCAAGCCAAAACCAAAGCCCAAACAGAGGUCCCAUAUCCAGGAAUCGACGGGAGAGAGUGGCUCGGAGCAGGGUUCGGAAAAGGGUUUCGAGCGGGGCUUCUGGUCAACGGUUUUCGGACAAGCCGGUCUGGAGAUCAGCCAGGAUGAGGAAGAGCGGAUUGCGGAUAUACAAAAAGCUCAUCGGGCUUUGGAGCUGCUCGAGGACUAUCACGCGAGACUUUCGGAGCCGCAGGAUCGGGCGCUGCGUAUUGCAAUCGAACGCGUUAUACGCAUAUUUAAAUCUCGCUUGUUUCAAGCGCUGUUAGAUAUACAAGAAUUCUAUGAAUUGACAUUAUUGGAUGACUCGAAGAGCAUACAGCAAAAGACAGCGGAGACCUUGCAAAUUGCAACCAAAUGGGAGAAGGACGGACAGGCCGUUAAAAUAGCCGAUUUUAUCAAAACUUCAAAUUUAAAUCGUAAUUGCGCCUAUGAGUUUAACAACGACGCCUCAUCCAAUCAAACCAACCAAUCAGCCCUCAAUCAGAAUCAGAUCGCGAAUAAUGUCAGUGCCCAAGCGCAGGCCGAGGCCCUCAGCAGAACUUUUAAGAGUGAAUUGGAAGAGAUAUUGAAUCAGCGCAUGCGCAUUGAGUCGGAUACGGAAAAUGCGAAGGAGCCAUCGAUCGAGCAGCAGCAGCAGCAACAGCGCAGUUCCCGCUCCCCGCAGCAGCUGCAGCAGAAUCCGCAGCAGCCGCAACAGCAGCAGCAGCAGCAGUUGCAGCAGGGAUCCAAGUCCAGGAGCGGGUCGCAAACUCUCCAUAAGGCGUCGUCGGCAAAGGUGAAUGGCGAUGAUAGCUGGUUAUACGAGGACAUUCAGUUGGAGCGCGGCAACUCCGGAUUGGGCUUCUCCAUUGCCGGCGGUACGGAUAAUCCGCACAUCGGCACCGACACCUCCAUCUACAUCACCAAGCUCAUUUCCGGCGGAGCAGCUGCCGCCGAUGGACGGCUGAGCAUCAACGACAUCAUUGUGUCCGUGAACGAGGUGUCCGUGGUGGAUGUGCCACAUGCCUCCGCCGUGGAUGCCCUAAAGAAGGCCGGCAAUGUGGUCAAGCUGCAUGUGAAGCGGAAACGUGGAACGGCCACCACACCGGCGGCAGGAUCAGCAGCCGGCGAUGCCCGGGAUGCGGCCGGCGGACCGAAGGUCAUCGAAAUUGACCUGGUCAAGGGCGGUAAGGGACUGGGCUUCUCCAUCGCCGGCGGCAUUGGAAACCAGCACAUCCCCGGCGACAAUGGCAUCUAUGUGACCAAGCUGAUGGACGGCGGAGCAGCGCAGGUGGACGGACGUCUCUCCAUCGGAGACAAGCUGAUUGCAGUGCGCACCAACGGGAGCGAAAAGAACCUGGAGAACGUAACGCACGAACUGGCGGUGGCCACGCUUAAGUCGAUCACCGACAAGGUGACGCUGAUCAUUGGCAAGACGCAGCACCUGACCACCAGUGCGUCCGGCGGCGGAGGAGGAGGAGGAGGAGGCCUGACAUCCGGACAGCAGUUGUCGCAGUCGCAAUCGCAGUUGGCCACCAGCCAGAGCCAAAGUCAGGUGCACCAGCAGCAGCAUCAGACGCCGAUGGUCAAUUCGCAGUCGACAGGUGCGCUUAACAGUGUGGGACAGACGGUUGUCGAUUCACCACCAACAUCACAAGCAACAGCAGCAGCAGCAAUCGCAUCUGCAUCUGCAUCUGCAUCAGUCAUUGCAAGCAACACCACAAUCAGCAACACCACAGUCACCACAGUCACGGCCACAGCCACCAACAGUAGCAGCAAGUUGCCGCCGUCGCUUAGCAUUAUCAAUAGCAAUAACAUCAACAACAGCAAUAACAUCAACAACAACAAUAGCAGCAGCACGACGGCAACUGUUGCAGUUGCAGCCGCAGCAGCACCAACAGCAGCAGCAGCAGCAACUCCACCCGCCACCUUCUAUAACAAUGCUUCCAUGCCCGCCUUGCCUGUCGAAUCCAAUCAAACAAACAACCGAUCCCAAUCACCCCAGCCGCGCCAGCCCGGCUCGCGAUACGCCUCCACAAAUGUCCUGGCCGCCGUUCCGCCAGGAACUCCGCGUGCCGUCAGCACCGAGGAUAUAACCAGAGAACCGCGCACCAUCACCAUCCAGAAGGGACCCCAGGGUCUGGGCUUCAACAUCGUUGGCGGCGAGGAUGGGCAGGGCAUCUAUGUGUCCUUCAUCCUGGCCGGCGGUCCGGCAGAUCUGGGCUCCGAGCUGAAGCGCGGCGACCAGCUGCUCAGCGUGAACAAUGUCAACCUCACGCACGCCACCCACGAGGAGGCGGCCCAGGCGCUCAAGACUUCAGGCGGAGUGGUUACCCUGUUGGCGCAGUAUCGCCCGGAGGAGUACAACCGCUUCGAGGCGCGCAUCCAGGAGUUGAAGCAACAGGCUGCCCUCGGUGCUGGAGGAUCGGGAACCCUGCUAAGGACCACGCAGAAGCGGUCACUGUACGUACGGGCCCUGUUCGACUACGAUCCCAAUCGGGACGAUGGAUUGCCCUCGCGAGGAUUGCCCUUCAAGCACGGCGAUAUUCUGCACGUGACCAACGCCUCCGACGACGAAUGGUGGCAGGCGCGACGAGUUCUGGGCGACAAUGAGGACGAGCAGAUCGGCAUUGUGCCAUCGAAGAGGCGCUGGGAGCGCAAGAUGCGAGCUCGGGACCGCAGUGUCAAGUUCCAGGGACAUGCGGCAGCCAAUAAUAAUCUGGAUAAGCAAUCGACAUUGGACCGAAAGAAAAAGAAUUUCACAUUCUCGCGCAAAUUUCCGUUUAUGAAGAGUCGCGAUGAGAAGAAUGAAGAUGGCAGCGACCAAGAGCCCAAUGGAGUUGUGAGCAGCACCAGCGAAAUUGACAUCAAUAAUGUCAACAACAACCAAGCGAAUGAACCGCAACCCUUUAUGCUUUGCUACACACAAGACGAUGCCAACGCUGAAGGAGGCGAGAUUAUCUACAGGGUGGAGUUACCCGAUAUGGAGCAGAUAACUCUGAUCUACUUGGAGAAUAAUGAUGCUGACUAUCCUUCCGAGGAGAACGUGUUGUCUUACGAGGCCGUGCAGCGCUUGUCCAUAAACUACACGCGUCCGGUGAUUAUUUUGGGCCCGCUGAAGGAUCGCAUCAACGACGACUUAAUAUCGGAGUAUCCCGACAAGUUCGGCUCAUGUGUGCCACACACCACCCGACCCAAACGGGAGUACGAGGUGGAUGGUAGGGACUAUCACUUUGUGUCCUCUCGCGAACAAAUGGAACGGGAUAUUCAGAACCAUUUGUUUAUCGAGGCGGGCCAGUACAACGACAAUCUGUACGGCACCUCGGUGGCCAGUGUACGCGAAGUGGCGGAGAAGGGCAAGCACUGCAUCCUGGACGUAUCCGGCAAUGCCAUUAAGCGCCUUCAAGUGGCCCAGCUUUAUCCCGUCGCAGUUUUCAUCAAGCCCAAGUCGGUGGACUCUGUGAUGGAGAUGAAUCGCCGUAUGACGGAAGAGCAGGCCAAGAAGACUUAUGAGCGGGCGAUUAAAAUGGAGCAGGAAUUCGGAGAAUACUUUACGGGCGUGGUUCAGGGCGACACCAUCGAGGAGAUCUACAGCAAAGUGAAAUCGAUGAUUUGGUCCCAGUCGGGACCAACCAUUUGGGUACCUUCCAAGGAAUCUCUAUGACCAACAGCCACAACAACAUGGACACUGCCGCCUCGAGUUCGAUGCCGACCGGUCUCGAGAACAACAAUAGGAGCAACAGCAGCAGCAACAAAUCAGCAGCCGCAACAGAAGACGCCGCACUGAUGAUGCAUCACAGUAACAACAACAACCACUACUACUACAACAACAACAGCAACAACUACAACAACAGCAGCAGCCACAGCAAUAACAACAGCAACAACAACAGCAGCCACAACUAUAACAACAUUGACAACGACAAUGACAGAAAACGGAAACGGAAACAGACUAACAACUUGACUAUACUGACAGUAAACUCUAUAAUGACGCAGCCGCAGCAGCCAACUUAAUGUAGCAAAUUGUCCAAAGCAAUUUUUUUUUGGAUGCACUCAUCGAUGUACGAUCAGAUGAACGUACAUCCAGCAGCUAGAAGAGAAUGGAGAUGGACGAACAUCAGAGCAAAGCAUUUGGCAUCGUAGGGAUAUGAGAUGAGAGUUAUGGGUGUUCAAACUGAAGCGGACAAAGGUGUAUAGUUUUAGUUAGAACAAAGUUGGAUAUAAACAAAAAAAGCGAAUUAUAAUAUAUAUAUAUAUAUACACACCACUUAUAUAGACUAAGAUCCGAUUAUAAAAGCAUAGAGACGAGCGGAAAGAGGAUGGCUUUAAGGAGUUCGUUAAGCGCUAGAGUGUUGUUUGUUUAUGUUGAAGUUUAUAUACGAGAGCCAAGAGUUAUAGCGAGUUAGUUAUGUUGACGAUAAUGUGUUUUUUGAUAUAUAUUGAUCUAUAUAAAUAUGUAAACAUGCAAGGCACAAGCACCCACCCAAGCACACCGAUGUUCUGGGGUAAUGGUGAUGUUGAUGCACAAGCGCAUUGCAUGGUGGUUAACUUUAAGUACGACAAUGUUUAGUAGCUGACUACGAAUAAUGACGACGAUGACGGGACGCAGAUGCGAAGGCGGUUACGGUUACGGUUGCAGAUCUAGAGGAUAGUCAGAGAAUGGCGAUAACGAUUUACGAUUACGAUCUAAUGAUAAUGAUAAAUAUAUUGAUGAAUAUCGAAGCUAAUAACGAUGGAGAUAAUGAAAAACGUUGGUGCAUUUGUUGUUAGAUGUAUGUAAUUUUUCCCACUCGCCUUUGCCUAAAGGCAACACAAAAGUAAAACCAAGAAGAACUAUAUAAAAAACCGAAAGAAUCAGUAAACAUGCGUAUGAUAAAAACUAGAAAUUAGCGGAAAAGUUGCAUAUUAAACCACAGACAUUCAUUCACACAUCUACUUACUAUAAAUCUGUACCAUUUAGCCUAUAGUCCGCAAGAAAUCGUCGAAACAAAGUCAUUUUAUUAUAUAAAUAUACACGAAACACCCGCAUAAUGUAAACUACGGCAGCAACCGAGUGGAAAGAAAAAAAAAGGAGGUGAAAAGGAGAAAUGGAAUUUGUUGUCGCGUUGAUUAAAAUCUAUAUAAUGAGUAAAAUAUUGUAUAUUUAACAAUCUAUGAAACAAAUAUAGUAUGUAGAUAAUACACACACACACAAACAAACAAACGAACCCAUACAAGCGUACAUGGAUUACCGUUGCGGUCUAAUUUUAUACACACAAUACAACACAAACCCACACACAAGACAAAUCGAAUUGCAAAAGCAAAUAAAUAAGGAAGCGGAAGUGAAGAAGAAGAAGAAGCAGAGCUGGAGAUGAGAUCAACUCAAAUUAGAUAACUAUACAUUUGCUGAUUAAUUUAUAUAAACCAAUCUACGAUUUAUAGCCAACGCACAGAAAGAAAAAUACACGCGAAAUUUGUUCGAGAAAAUUUAGCAAAAUUCAAGUUGAGUGUUAACAUUAUUAUUCAUGCGUAUAUGCAUAGAAAUAUUAUUAUUUUUUUUUUUACUCUGUCCAUCUCUCUUGCUCCCUCUCUUACUCCUACUUAAAACAUUUUUUUUAUUUAUCUUUUUUGUACAUUGCAAAAACGUCGACGACGCCACAGCAGCAGCAGUAGCUAUGGAUAUUAUUUCAAAAAUAUAUACAUAUAACUAUUAUACGAAUACAGAAAAAACAAAUUCAUUAUAAUUUUCACAAUGUAUGCGCCGAGAGCAUUGUUAUAUUUAAUAAACAACCUAAAACAAAAAGGACAAACAAUUUAAAAACAAAAUAAAAAAACUAUGCGAAUAAUUUCAACUCUAAACGAAACAAAACAAAACAAAGAAAAAAGCGGAGGAACCCUAAGUGUAAUAAAACAAAAUAAAAAACAAACUUCUUAAUCAAUUUGAUACAUCCAACUAGCAUACGAAAAGCAUUGCAUUAACAUUAAACGAUGAGCAGAGGAGUUAACUAUAGAUAACCGCUUAACAGGGUGCGCCCCACUUCUUUUUGGGUGACUAAUCGUAGCAAGUGAUUCUUUUCGCUCAAACAUAAAUAUUUAAAUCAAGUGGAAGGCGUGUUUUCCAAGCGAUUCUUUCGAGAGACGCCCCCAAAAACCAAAACUAAAUCCAAAUCACUUUUCCAACUAGCCUUAGAUUUUACUAACAAACAUGAAACCCUCGAGAACUAACUAUCAAGCAAUUAUCAACUAGAUAAACAAAAUAUACUACAAUUAGAUCAAGGAGCGGCUAAAAAAGAGGACUUUCUUUGUCAAAAAAAAAAAAAAUCAAAAAAAUUCCAUACAUAUAUGUAUAUCCUAUCCACUUACACAUACGCGCGCGCAUACAAAGCAUGGGAAAGCGUUUCAUCAAAAUUGUGCCUUUUCUUUUUGUUGUUGUUGUUGUCGAAUCGAAUCGAAGCGAAUAUCGAAAAUCGACGAAAAUAUACACACACAUAGACACAUGUACGGGCAGCUUUUGUAUGGUUUCCGCUCACAUUUACAUUUACAUCCCGUUUACAUCACAUUUUACAUCCUGACCCACUGCCACCCUCAUCAAAUUGCAAGGGUUUUUCGCUAGUCAUACACCCAUGAAAAAAGAAACAAAACAAAAAGAAGACAACUUUUAGCCUUAGCGAUGAGAAAAGAAAAUAAAUCAAAUUCAAUUUUGUUGAAGUUCGCGUAUGGAUCGGCAUUAGCUAUAUAUGCUAUAAAUGAUAGUGAAAAACAAACGAAGGAAAGUAAUGUGUUUAGGAAUUGGGUUGAUAUAUAUGGGCAAAAAGUCACAAGUACACCCAACAUAUGUACAAUACUCAUGUUCAUGUGCGAGAAUAUAAUUAGAGACCCCAUUUGGCCUCAAGUGCGUUUUCAUUAUGUAUUAUGUCAAAUGUAAUUUGUUCAUCAGCGGAUGAAACACUCGCCCACACCCCAAAAACACACUCGAAAUAAACCGUAAUAAAAAUACGUAAUCAUA